AUGAAUGAAAUAAAAGAUCAGGCUCUUAGCAUGAAAUUGAUAGAUUUAGUGAAAAAUCACCCAGUCCUUUGGUCGGUAUCGUCCAAGCCAUACCUGGACGCCAAUAAAAAGGUGGACGCAUGGCGAGAUAUCGCUACGGACCUGGGGAAGCCCGAAAAUGCAGUCAUCAAAAAAUGGCAAUCAUUGUGCGCAUACUUUAGAAAAGAAAAUGCCAAAAUUAAAAAAAGUAUGAUAACGGGUUCAGCGCGCUCCGAAGUUUACGUUUCGAAAUGGUUUGCUUUUGAGAGUAUGCAGUUCGUCGGCAAUACUGCAAAAGCACGGAAGACGCAAUCCACGCAACAACAUUCGAGAUCGCAGAACCUCCAACCAGCACCUGAACCAAUCGAUACCGACGUAAUAAUGCACCACCAGCUACCAACCGAAAUUACCGAAGAUGUUAUGCACCAUCAGUCACCACCAGCAGAAAACAACACAACCUUGCUCCAGCCCGAAAAUCAAAAUAACGAAACUGUUACACAAAACACUAGGAAACGAAAGACACCAAACAAUAGGGACGAGGAUUUUUCAGCUAUAUUUUCCUCAAUAGGACAAAGCCUGGAUACAAUAAUUACAAAUAUGAACAACUACAGCAGCCGGAACGUUACAUUCGGAAAUUACGUGACACAAACACUGGAAGGAUUGCCAAAAACAAAGCAAGAAAAGCUGAUCCACAAAAUUAAUCUAUGCAUUUUUGAAAUAAACAAUGAAAAUGAUUCGUAA